CCUCGUUUGUGAGAAUUUGUGAUGAAUCUUGCCCAUACGUUUUGAAUGAGAACACAGAAUUUUUCAAGCAAAAACACUUCUUUGUCUGCAGAUGAUAGUGUUUUGGUAGUCUCGCGGAGCCAGCCCCUUCGCGGGAUGAAGCUCUCCUCCUCUACCCUAAACUUCGGGCAACGCCCACUUUUACUCAUCAGUAUUGUCUCCGCUACUUUAAAAUGCCACUUAUUCUACAGUAUCUGUAAACUAAAGCAAAGACGGAUAACAACAGCGAGGCCGUACGCAAAGGGCCAAAAGCUAGGUAUGAAAAAACUCUACCAGCAGUAGCACAACCAGUGUAACGAGCUGCUCUGGCUAGUUCACCGACGUAUGACUCUCUGCAAUAACGAAACGCACAAAUU